CGUCACUGCAGGCUCAAACAACUGUGUGUGUGGAGACGCGCAAAUCAUCUCCAUCCUCCGCAGUCUCCCUCUCAUCCUGUCCGUCUGUCUGACUGACUGACUGACUGACUGGCACUUCACCGCACUGACCAGUCAAACAAACUAACCGUCUGCACCACUGACAGCGCCGACUGCUUUUCUAGACACGAGAGUACAACAGCAUGUGAAUGGCGGCAGAAAGCGGCAGAGUUGUCACAGAGGAGCAGGAGGAGCUCCCAGCCUCUGGAGCCGUCACUCACAUGCGCCACACACACACCCGGAGUCAGAGCCACAUCCAGUUUCACCCUCUGACACACACACAGUGGCAGACUCCUCGCACUCUUGCUCACACGAGGAGUCACAGUCACACUCACUUCAGCACUCCCGCACACACGCAGUCCCACAAAUACAGCUGCCGCCUCACACACAGCCUCUCAGCCAUGACCAAGGCAGAGAGGGCAGCGCAGGGCUCGACAGGGAAGCUCAUCAAGCCAACUGAACCGCUCUUCCCCAAAACUCCUCAGCAGACUGAGUUGAGCCACAAGUUGUCAAUAUGCAGUAAGCUGUGUUUCGCCAUCGGUGGUGCUCCCAAAGAGGUGGCUGCCAGCGCCACAGCCUUCUUCCUGCAAAUCUACCUUCUUGAUGUUGCUCAGAUCAACGCCUUCCAGGCCUCCAUGGUGCUGUUCAUUGGUAAAGCCUGGGGUGCAGUGACUGACCCCAUUGUCGGCUUCUUCAUUACAAAGAGCAGAUGGACCAAGAUUGGCCGACUCAUGCCCUGGAUGGUGGGUUGCACUCCAUUCCUGGUGGUCUCCUACUUCUACCUCUGGUUUGUUCCUCCUUUCAUCAGUGGGAGGUUCAUCUGGUACCUAGGCUUCUAUUGCCUCUACCAAACCCUCAUCACUUGCUUCCAUGUGCCUUACUCUGCUCUCACCAUGUUUCUGAGCACCGACCAGAGAGAAAGAGACUCAGCCACUGCAUACCGAAUCACAAUGGAGGUGCUGGGGACACUUGUGGGUGCUGCCAUCCAGGGCCAGAUUGUGGCCAGCGCUCACACUCUGAAGCACUGCCCGACUCAUAAUAUGUCUGCCGGUUACCUUGGCAACAGCAGCGGGGCAGAGAUCGUCAAGAGCCUUGUGCGCUCCCAGGACUACCUGUCACACUCUAAGGAGGUGUAUAUGAUAGCUGCUGGUGUUAUAGGAGGAGUGUUUCUCAUCUGCACUGUGGUGAUGUUCCUGGGAGUCAAGGAGAGAGACGAUCCGUAUGCCCCCAAGACUGAGAAGCAGAUUCCAUUCUAUAAGGGCUUCAUCCUGGUGAUGAGACACGGACCGUACCUCACUCUAACUGCAGCAUUCCUCUUCAUCACUGUCGCCAUUCAGCUGGUACAGAGCAACUUUGUCCUCUUCUGCACUUAUGCUGCUGACCUGAGAGAUCACUUCCAGAACAUUGUGUUGACCAUCCUGGUUUCUGCAGUGAUAAGCAUCCCAUUGUGGCAAUGGUUUCUUCAGAGGUUUGGGAAGAAGACAGCAGCUUUUUGUGGUAUCACAUGGAUCAUGCCCUUCACCAUGAUGCUUGUCUUCAUCCCCAAUGUUGUGGUGGCCUACGUUGUGGCAGUUUCUUCUGGGCUCAGUGUGGCUGCCUCGCUUCUGCUGCCAUGGUCCAUGCUGCCAGAUGUGGUGGAUGACUUCAGACUGGCCAACCCCUACUCUAAAGGCCAUGAAGCCAUCUUCUACUCAUUCUACGUGUUUUUCACCAAGUUUGCUGCUGGCAUCUCACUGGGAGUGUCCACCCUCUGUCUGGAGUUUGCAGGGUAUGACACCGGCGCCUGCAAGCAGCCUGCACCUGUAGUGUACACCCUGAAGUUGCUGAUUGGUGCGGCUCCAGUGGCCUUCAUUGUUACAGGGUUAAUGAUCCUACUGCUCUAUCCUAUCAGCGAAGACGUACGACUCAGGAAUAAAGUCUGCCUGGAUGAGCUACGGAAACAAAGCAUCAGCUCCAAAACAGUGGAAGAUUUGAGUAACGUGUGACUUGGACCUUGAAUGGAGAAAAUCCACAAAGCCACGUAUUCCAGCCAACACGGCUGGAAAGUAGUUCUUUAGUGUAUAUUACACUGAUAAGGAAUUCAAUUGUUUUAAUGUAAACAUUUUUGUUUCAUUUUCACAUGUACUGUACAGUCAUCUUGGAUAUAUAAUUAUAUAAGAUUACAUAAUUUAUAUAAAUGAAUGUACAUCAUUAUUUGCUGUGUUUAGCUCAACAGCAGUUAUUUAUUUAUGAUAUACUAUUACUGAGGGCUGAUGAUAUGAAAUGAAUAAAUGUUGUAGAGGUUGUUUGGCAGACCGUA